AUGCCGACGGAGGGCCUGAAAAAACCGCGCGCGAAGCACGCGUGUAGGGAGUGCAACUCGCGACGAAUCCGCUGCAAUGUCACCGAGCGCCACCCUUGUUCGAACUGCGAGACAGCACAGGCGACUUGUGAAGUCAUUCCGUCGCGAAGAGGCCGGUAUCUACGGAAAUCCAAAAGGCAGAAGCAGACGGAAGAGGCCGCAUCGGCGACCCCGGAGCCCGCUGCCCCGGCCGCGUCGUCCGCGCUCACCGCUGAUGUCGCCGCGACGCUCGCUUCUAUGAGUACCGUGUCUCCAUCGCAUGGACUCGGCGGCUCCUCUGAGGUAUCACAGACUCCUUUCCACGCUGAGACGCCUGCUUCGUGUCAUUCCUCCUCAGGGACUACGGGCGGCAGCCGAUUCUUCGGAGAGUCAAACUUCAUCACGCUUGUUCCUGGAGCAUCGGGACCCGGAAAUGAGGCUGCGACAAGGGAUGGGGUAUUGAAGGGUCGUCUCACCUUUCCAGUACCGCAGACGCCACAAUCUCAUGACCUGGCUACUUCGCCUGCCAGUGUGAGUAUUACUAUGAGCUCUGCGACGGAGCGAUACCUUCGGGAUGAGGGAGCGCUCACCUUCCCUGACAUGCAGAGCUGUCUACCAGCUUUGCAUGCUUACUUCGCUUGGUUUCACCCUUGCUUUCCCAUUCUUGACCGCACAGAUAUCGCGAGGCGGCUCGUGACGAUGGAUAUUUCGCCACUCUUGUUGCAAGCAAUGCUUUUCAUCGGUUCAACGUAUUGCGACGAGGCAACAAUUCUUGGCAUGGGCUUCAAAGACCGGUCCGAGGCUAAAAUUCUGACAUACUCUCGCGCGCGGGUUUUAUUUCAUGCCAAUUGGGAGAAAGAUGAGUUCACUCUGAUACAAUCGCUGUUUCUAUGCAGCUUCUGGAGAGGGGGGCCGACGGACUGGAGAGACGUGAGGUAUUGGCUGGGAGCCGUUCUAACCCUCGCCCAAACACAUGGUCUCCAUCGCUCAACUCGAUUCAUCACGAAAGAUCCCCAUUUCGCUCGGAUGAGAAGAAGAGUCUGGUGGUCAAUCUACGUCCGCGAACGUCAAGCAGCUGUGUCACUUGGGCUACCUUGUCGAAUCCGCGAUGAGGAUUGUGACAUCGAGCCACUGACUCCUGCUGAUCUGGAGGAUGAUGCUGACGAACAGCAAGCAACUGGCUUCGGUGCACCGAAGUCGGAGCACAUCCACUAUGCUAUUAAGAUGAUUGACAUUGCUCGCCUUCUCGGGAGAAUCAUGGACACCCAUUUUGCGCCUGGUCGAGGUCCUCCAGCACCGACAGAAGUUCGUGAAUUGAAGCAGCAGCUCGAGGAUUGGAAGCAAAAUCUACCGGAGGAGAUGCGGAGAGGACCUGACGAUGGGCAGUCUUCGGUCUUGACCUGCUUAAUCCACCUUGCCUACAAGUAA